CGUGGAAGGAUGAAAAUAAAGUAACAAGAAAGAAUUUGAGAGAGACUGCAAAAAUUGCAAGGUUGAAAUAGAUGACAGGCGAUACACUUCAUUACAUUAAAAUAUUAAUACGCGCUUUUUCUCACUCCUGUCUUCCAAAUUUAGGAGGAGCUACCAAAACCCAUAACUUUUUCCCCAAAAAAAAUUUAUUAAUUAAAAAAAAGAGAGAGGAAGGAAAGCAGCCAUUGAUAAGGUGAAGGAAGUUCCAGAAUCAAUUAUUGCCGAUCAAUUAAACUUCUGAUUGAUUGAUUGGUCUGUAAUUUGAAUAACCCAGCUCAUAUUUCUGGUCUUUUUUUUUCUUUGAAAAAUGUUGAUAAAUCGAUAUUUGGGUUCCAUCGUUUUCUUGCUUCUCUUUAGUUUGGCAUCUUCCAGCUUCAUUUCUGAUGCCAUUUUUGAAUCUCAUAGAUCUACCGGCCGCUCUUUGCUUCAGACCCAGAAAAAUUGCCCAAUAAAUUUUGAAGGUCAAAACUACACCAUCAUCACUGACAAAUGCAAAGGACCAAAGUAUCCAGCUGAUAUUUGUUGCAAGGCCUUCAAGGAGUUUGCUUGCCCUUUCGCAGACAACCUUAAUGACCUGACUAAUAACUGUGCAAGUACUAUGUUUAGCUACAUAAAUCUCUUUGGUAAAUACCCACCGGGCAUUUUUGCGAAUGAAUGCAAAGAGGGUAAAAACGGCCUCGAAUGUGAUGAAAACUCAACAAAGGCAGUGUCAAAAGACUCAAAAACAAACAGUGCUCACACAACCAAUAUUUUGUCGCCUGUGUUGGUGAUAUUGGCUACCUCCUUUAUAUAUUUGUUUUGUUUAUUCUGAAGGCCGAUGUGCUGACACCAUUGCCUGUCUUAUAGUUUGUUCAUUCUUUCUAAUACCAUCUCAGUAAUAUCUCAGUCUAAGGUUGCUGAUCGAAAAUAUUGCUUUCACGUAGAAUUUUUGUCAUGUGUACUAUCUACUGUAUGUUUACCAUAUUCUUAUUGACUCUUUAUGUAAUUUAAAUCUGUAUAACAAAAUGAGCUGUUUGAGGGCUGUCAUUUCUGUUGAUGUAUUUAUUUUUGUAAUUGUCCCAGUAUAACCAGCUCAUUCAAUGAGAUGUAUAAGUUAAAUUAUUCUUGCCACUAGCCACUGAGAAUUCAAACUUCAAAUUAAUUUAUUAUCAAUGUAUUUUAUUUUGUUUUUA